AAGCCCUCCCAGCAACUUGAGGCAGAGGGUUGUAAGAUCACACCAUCCUUUGUGCCUAGGAAUCUGUUGGUCAGUGUCUCUAAAACAAAUUGCGGUGAAGUUAAACAGCAUUCCACCAUUCUCCUUUCCUGUCUCCUGUUGACCAAGCAUCUCUGCCCAACUGUACCAACAUGUCCACGUCUGGAAUCUACCAGCCCCGCGUAGCUAAGUUAUUUUCGCGGAAAAAGAGCUCAGGCGCGGGUAAACAAUCCAAGAUCAUUGUUGUCAGCAUCGAAGCCGUGCUGGAGCUGCUGCACCUCAGGCAACAUGUGGCAGCGCAACGGCUGGGUAUAUCUCUUACUGCAUUCAAGUCGGCGUGUAAAAAAAUUGGCGUGUACCACUGGCCAAACUCGGAGCAAGACAGGCUCGUGAUGCUGGAGCAAGAAGGGAGGCUCGAUCUUGCUGACUGCAAUAAAGAUCCGAAAGAGGCUACGACCAGACAGCACGAGCAGCAGAUCUUGUCGAGCGAGGGCAAACGGGAUGACGCUUCCAAGAGCGGGUCAAUGUGGCCGGAGGAGUCAGAACGCGAGGUGUACCACACGCCGUCGUUGUUUGAGGAGGCCUUGAUGCACGUCCAGAGCAGUGAAGAAAACAUGGGAUGCCGGACCGUCAAGCCAGGGACAUGGGUCAAUCACAACGAUUGAUAGAGAACAAGAGGGGUCUGGAGCUUUGAACAUAGGCAAGGGUUUCCGAUGCUUUGUACCGUACUAUGCAGAUGUUGACUAGAUGUUGACAAAUUCAAAGCAAAUCAAGAAUGCUCAUAGGGAGAGAGAUCAGGAUUGCUUACAAAUAAAGGAAGUACGUGAG